GCCGGAGUGCAGGUGCGGAGCCCGGGCGAGAAAGGGGGGAAAAGGCGCCAGGCGGCAGAAGGGAAGAAGCGCGGCAGGAUGCGGUCGGCGCGGAGCUGCAGGCACUCGCCUUUGGCGGCCGCGGCGGGGAUUUUGCUGCUGUGCCUGGCGGGCCGAGCUAGAGCUCAGGAGGUCCAAGCUGAGAAUGUGACGGUAGCAGAAGGCGGGCAGGCUGAGAUCAAUUGCAAACUGCACCAAUACGACGGCUCCAUCGUGGUGAUCCAGAAUCCAUCUCGGCAGACGCUCUUCUUCAACGGCACGCGAGCCUUGAAGGACGAACGUUUCCAGUUGGUGGAGUUCACCCAAAAACAAGUCCGCAUCGUGCUCUCCAACGCCCGUCUGGAAGAUGAAGGUGGAUACUAUUGCCAGCUAUACACAGAAGACACCCACCAUCAGAUUGCCAUCCUUACAGUGCUGGUCCCUCCGGACAGUCCUUUAGUGGAGGUGAAAGAACAGGCGGUAGAAGGAGGAGAAGUUGAACUAACCUGCACUGUUCCCAGGUCACGCCCGGCAGCCUCCCUGCGCUGGUACCGGGACCGGAAAGAGAUAAAAGGAACAAGCAGUAAGCAAGAAAAUGGGAAAGUAUUCAGCAUCGCCAGCAUGGUGCGUUUCCGGGUGGAUCGCAAGGACCACAGCAGCAUUGUGACGUGCGAAGCCAUCCACCCGGCACUGCGUGGCCAGCGGAAGCAGACGCAGUACGUGCUAGAUGUACAGUAUUCACCCACAGCGAGAAUUCAUCCCCCUCAGGGAGUCAUGAGGGAAGGAGACACCUUAAUUUUGACUUGUGCUGUAAACGGCAACCCACUGCCCAGAGACAUUAAAUGGAGCCGAGCGAACGACACGUUGCCCGAGCGAGCUCUGAUAGAGGGCGAAGUGCUGACCAUCCCCAGCCUUAGCAUGCUGGAUAACGGCACGUACUCGUGCCAAGUGGCCAAUAAACAUGGACGGUCCUCGGACCAGUACGUCCUGGUGGUUUAUGAUCCUGGGGCUAUUGUAGAGGCCCAGACUUCAGUGCCCUAUGCCAUUGUAGGGGGCAUCCUGGCUCUCCUCGUUUUUCUCGUCAUCUGUGUACUCAUCGUCAUGGUGUGGUGCUCCAUCCGGCAGAAAGGUUCCUACUUGACGCAUGAGGCCAGCGGUCUGGAUGAGCACGGAGAAGCCCGCGAGGCUUUUCUGAAUGGCGGAGAUGGUCAUAAACGCAAGGAGGAGUUUUUCAUCUAAGCCGGAGGAAGGAAGAGGAGGAGGAGGAGGAGGAGAAGUGGGAGGGAAAGGGGUGUUUGGGUGCUGUGUGGGGAGAAGCUGGUGAAGGAAGGGGGUCUGCACUGGAAAAGGGGAGAGGAUUGGAGAAAAGCCGGGUGGGGGUGGGGUGGGGAGGGCUGGCUUCAAAAAAAACGGAAAAACCCGAACGAAAAAAAAAACGCUUUAAGGAAUACAAAAAAAACAACAACAACCACCCCAUCGUGUACAAAACCGACCACCUGCGGGCUGCCACUCUUUCCCCCCCCCCCCCGUUUGAUUUUUGAAACCGAGGACUUUUUAACCCCUCCCCUUAUCCAGGAAGCUCCACCCCCUCCCCUCUGCCUUCAGAUGCCUCUUCCCACCAAAACCUUUGCAUUCCCCACCCUGUUAAUUUGGUAGGGCUGGGCAGGCAAUGCUUGGCUCCGUCCCCCACCCCUUCCUCCCCCCCAAAAAAAGGGAGGAUGGGGGGGGGUGGGCCAGAGCUGCAGCAUUUUUUUCCCCCCUUUGGGGUGGAAUCAGUACUUUUGAGGGAGGUGGGGGGAAAGGGGCUGUUUGUAAAUAAAAGUCCGAAUGGGAGAUGGAAGACCCACGGGAUGUUGAAGGUGAGGGGACCUCCCAGUGCCCCCUCCACCUCCCCACCACCACCAUUCCUUGUUAGAUCCAACCUUCCCAGGUAUUAGCACUGAGAUUCACAGUAUCUGGGGAGGGAGGGCAGAGCUUAUGGGGGUAGCUUUGGGGGCACCCCGGUCUUCGGGAUGGAUGGAGAACCCUUAGACCUUUGAGUUCCGAGGUUCUGGAUGACCAUGGAGAACCUUGUGUCUGCGUCCUUCACCCUCCGCCGUCCCGCCAUUCAGGAGUGCCGCGGCAUGAUGGGCAUCUGCCCCGAGAGGCGUCUUGGGGAUGUCUUGAG